CGAGCAUCUGACAUAAGAGGCGAUAAGGGACCUCGGCGCGGGCCGACAACGCUUAUCGGCAGAUUCAAGUCGAAAUCUUGGCAACGAAGAUCUGAAAAAGUUCCAAGCCCGGUGUUAAUUCCGAGCAAACAUCAAUCCACACAUUCAACAAAAGUCGUCGAUAUGAAGGUCGGAAAGCCCAAAUCAAAGCGUGUGCCCGUACGUCUGCGUCACAAGAUCCAGAAAGCGUCUGCGUCAAAGCAGAGGAAAGAGCGCAAAGAAGCGAAAAAGAGCCCACAAUGGAAGUCACGACUGAAGAAGGACCCUGGCAUUCCAAACCUGUUCCCCUACAAAGAUAAAAUCCUGGCAGAGAUCGAAGAUGGCAGGCGAAAAAAGGAAGAAGACGCGCUGAAGAGGCGGGAAUUGGCCAAGGCGCAGAGACUGGGCACAGCCGUUGCAGACAGCAAGACGGCCAGAAAUGUCGAACAGGACGAGGAUGAUGAGGACGAAAUUCUCGGAGAGGUGGAAGAUGACGGAGAUGACGAUGACGACGAAGAGAUGGAUGUUGAAUCAAAUGCGAACCCUAUGGCCGCUCUGUUGGCAUCCGCGCAAGCGCGAGCCCAGACCUACACCAAAGAUGACGCGGAGGAAGACGAUGAAGACGAGGAGGACGACAACGAAGAUGGCGGAAUAGAUUUAAGUGCCGCUAAAGGCAAGAGAUCCGCCAACAAACCUAACCAAGCGCAAGAACCAAAACACAAAGCGCUUCCCAAGGAGGCGCUAGCAGACCCCGUCAAAGCUGUGACGACUCUCAUCGAUCGCCUGCAAAAGACCCAGGACGGCGUGCAGCAACUACUAGAUUACUAUCAGAUCCCGCCGCUCGUAACAGCAGGCAGCGAUGUGACGUCGCGCUUCCUCGUCGAUGUUGCGCGCAAGCGGGGACGGCUGGGCCGCGGUGGUGUACCCAAUCUUCAUGCUGCGGCAUACACAGUUCUGGGAGAUUUGAACGACGAGAGACUACGACUGCCGGCGCUGGAUGAGAUCAAGUCGACGACGACAUCGACAAAGACAACGAUCGCGGCGGGCAGCAAGAGUGAUGUGCAGAUUGUGACUAAAAUGGCAGAACCAUUCCGAAUUGAAGGAUUAUUUGGUGAUGGGGCGAAGUGAGCGAGACGAUGAUGAUCGAUGAUAGUUGUGCCGGUCGAAACUCUCCUUCUGAAGCGCUGCAAUUCUUCUCUCCCUUCCUCUCAGCUAUUGCACGCCACAGAGCCAUGUCUAAGAAAUGAAGUCCACACUGAAUUUAUGCCUCCGUAUCUGAGUCUACAUGUGCUUUUCGCUUGCCCUUUCACAGUCCGCCUGCGCGCUUCUAUGCUUUUAGUACAGUAGCAUCCGGCCAUCGCUUCCGUGCACCGCUCAGGUACGCAUCUUUAGCAUCCUGGGUCGCGCCCAACUCCGAGAGCAAUUCCUGGCCCUCUUGUACUUCGCGUAACGAAAGCUUCGGGAGGCUCAAAGUUGACUGUAUGUUCUCAACGCUUUUGGACUUGAUGUUCGCAUCGUCUGGUGAUAAUGCUUGUCUCACGCGGACAACUGAAUGAACAUGUGAAGCGCUCUUGCUGUGAGAUUGG